AUGCGUCUUUCUAUUUUAUUCGCUCUUGCAGUUUGUAUAUUUUCGUCGAGUGAAAAAGCAACUGCAAUCAACUUUUACGAUACUAAGCUAGCAGCAAAUGAUUUUCUAUUGGUUUUUCAUACACUGUACACAGGCAUCACGAACGAUUCCGUUCGAUAUCAGUGUCAUGCAUUCGGAAACGAAACUUUUGAAGUCGAUUUUCCUUUCAAAUCAAUUCAAUCUUUUUCUAUUGGCCGAGAACAAAAUCAAACUCAACUUUAUUUCGUUAUUUCCGGAGCUGUCAAUGAAUCGAUGUUUUACAUGUCAAAGAUUACUGCGCAAUGUCAUAAAAAUCGAAAUACAAAAGUGUCGCUCCCACAGACGGUCUUCUUCAAAACGCAGAACAUGUCACGUGCAAUUGUUAGUGUUGAUCCUCAAGGUCAUUUUGCUAUUGGUGUCACGGACACGUCUGUGUUCUACUAUAAUCUAGUUACUCUGGAACAUUUCACACUGAAUGUAACAUGGCCCGAUAGCAAGACGUUCUUACCAUUAGCAGUUGACAUAAGUCAUGAUUUUAUAUACAUUGCAGGCAAUACUGGAAUGAAGCUUUUUCCUGAAGACGACGACGGCGCAAUGCGUUCUGGUGUCGCAAACAUUUAUGUGUUAUCCAUUACAAAUCGUCAUACAAUUCAGUUUUAUGACCGAUGGGAAUCAAAUGUCUAUUUCAUAAAUUCAGCCAUGAAGUUAUCGUUACGAGUUAAUUUGAAGAAUGAACAAGUAUUAUUCGGUAUGCCAACGAUCAAUACAGUUCACUUAUUGCUCACUAAUAAGACGUCGAAUCAUCUUGUUUAUCUUACUUCUAAAACAACAACGAAAGGUGUCCGUGUAGGAGGAUAUGGAUGGAUUGUUGAAUGGUGUGACAAUUAUGAAAAAGCGAUCAUCGUCAAUGUCGAGUAUUAUGGCAAUUCCAUCAAAAGUGGCGGAUCAUAUUUUGAAUAUUACGAUAUGAAUAAUAAUCAUUAUAUCAAUAAUUCCACUAUGCCAUUUUCAAUAUUUCCAAACAGUGAUCAGGAAAAUUCUGGGUUUUCUAGCAGUCCUGUGGCCCUUCUAGCAGCAACAGCGUCUGCACUAUACGUCAUGAACGUAAAAGAAGAUAUUUUAGUGAUUCCACCGUCUAAACCAGGAUACUUUUCUGUCAACCAUGCAGCAAUGGCACAUCCUGCAAAUCCGUAUUCGAUAUAUACCUUAAUACCCAAUAUCGCUCUUUGUCCACCAGGUACAUAUAAAAACGACACAGGACCGUGGUCAUGCCGUCAAUGUCAAAUGAAUUCUUCACAGCAAAACGUUAGUCAUAAAUGUUCACAGUGUAACGAUGAAUCAUAUUGUCCACUGGAACACGCUAUAUAUCCCACGGAAUUAUACGAUACUGAGCAAUAUACUGGCUAUCCCGAAACACCGGAGAUUGAUGUUUUUGCGGAUAUUCUCCUUCGUAAUAUGUUUCGCAUAAAUUGUCUGCGAACAUCACCGUUUCUUUAUACAAUGAUUGCGUUAAUUAUUGCAAUAACGAUCGCCAUAAUUAUCGGUUCUUUGAAGUUUUCAAAACGAACAGUAGUACAGCAAACGAAUAUCACGCGAGCCUUGCAAUAUCUCGAUCUGAUCGAACAAGGUAGUCUUUGGUUUGGAGGCUUAGUUAGUAUCGUUUUAAUGGUGCUUCUUGGACUAGCAGUUCUAUUUAGUUAUUCUUUUUAUUAUCAAUAUCCAAUUACAAACGAACAUGAGUUCGAUGACAAUGCUUGCUUAUCAAAUCAUCAUUUGAAUGCUAAAUUUGAAACAAAUUUACAGUUUUUGAAACAAAAUCCCCGUGAAUUAGGUGAAAUCUUUCACCUAUUAGAUUCGCAAGACUUUACAUUGAACAUUGAAGUAAUCAGCAAAGCAUUUCAUUGCGGACGAUUAUUGAUUCAGUCUGCAUAUCCAGUUUCUUGCUAUACACGCGGUUUUAUAUCAUAUGCAUCGACUAAAUUGUUCUCACAUCAAACACCAACCAUCAUUCAAUUAAGAGGACGUUUACCAAUUGAUGCUAUUCGUAUCGGCUUAACUGCACCGGAGAUUCGUCAAAUGAACAAUCAUGUUCAAACAUUAAACGUGUCCAAAGUAUUCAACGACACAAGUCGAAUAGUAGGAUCUACUAGAGCAUUUCCUCUUGAUCUACAUUUGACAAAGAUAAUCAAUAUUACCGAAGGUUUAACGAAUGCAGAUCAAACGAUGUACAGCGGUUUAUGGUUCCUGACAUUUUCUUCCGAACCCACUCGACUAUAUGUCGCCGAUGAUCCAGAUUCUGUUUCUUCUCGCGAUGCAAUCGAGUUAAAACUAGCUGAAACGUCGUUUUUUAUUAAAAAUAGACAAAAACCUAUUGCACGAAAUUCAGAAAUUAUUUUCAGUACAAUCCUGUUCGUCUGCAUGUGUUUGGAUUUACUAUGUAUGAUCUUUCUUUUGAUAAAACUAUGGCUUAAGCCUAUUCUUAAACUUCUGAUCCUGAAGUUAUGUCCGUCUAAUAGUUGGUUGCAUCUACUGAUCAACGAAAAUCGUGCUGAUACUUCUGCAGACAUUGAUGAACUGAAGAAUAAUAUGGCUAAUUUAACAAGCGAAAUGAAUAUUUUGAAAGAAAAGAUCAGUUCUUUAUCUUAA